AUGUAUCUAUCUCUUUUAAUUUUAUUUUUUAUUUUAUUUCUCUCUCUCUCUUUCUCUCUCUCUCUCUCUCUCUCUCUCUCUCUCUCUCUGUGUGUGUUUCUAUUUAUCUAUCUAUCUAUCUAUCUAUCUAUCUAUCUUUUUAUGUUAAUUUUCUUUUUGUAUUUAUAUUCUCUCUCUCCCUCUCUUGCUCUCUCUGUUUCUAUCUAUCUAUCUAUCUAUCUAUCUAUCUAUCUAUCUAUCUCUUUUAAUUUUAUUUUUGUAUUUAUAUUCUCUCUCAUUCUGUGUUUCUCUCUGUCUAUCUAUCUAUCUAUCUAUGUUAAUUUUCUUUUUAUAUCGAUUAUCUCCCUUUGUCCUUUUACAAUCCAUUCUCACAUUUUCUUUCUUCUCUCUCUCUCUCUCCCUUUCUCAGAUUCAUACACAUAUACACUAUUUUUCUUUCUGACAUUCUUCUCCCUAUCUAUCUAUCUAUCUAUCUAUGUUAAUUUUCUUUUUGUAUUUCUAUCCUCUCUCCCUCUCUCUCUUUCACUCACUCUCACUCCUACAAUUUGUUUCUUACAUGGAUCGAUUAACUCCCUUUAUCUUUUUACAAUCCCUUCUCACAUUCUCUCUCUCUCUCUCUCUCUCUCUCUCUCUCUCUCUCUCUCUCUCUCUCUCUCAUAUUCACACACAUAUACACUAUUUUUCUUUCUGUCAGUCCUCACUCUCUCUUUAUCUAUAUAUGUUAAUUUUCUUUUUGUAUUUAUAUCCUCUCUCUCUCUCCCAUAUUCACACACAUAUACACUAUUUUUCUUCCUGACAGUUGUUCUCUCUUGA